CACCAUCAUCUUUCUUCCACUUUCGAACCGAUAGAGAGGCAGAGCAAGCGAAGUUCAGGGGUUUGUCGGGGGAAAAAUUCUCCAGCUCGAUUCUUGAGCUACAGUGAUCCAAAAAUCUCGUAAGUAAUGCCUAAUUCAUCCAUAUAGCGUGAUUUAUCGAUUUAGAGCUUUAAAACGAGUUUUUGGUUCAGGAAUUUCUUGAAUUCCCGAUAAGCCAAAUUAGGGUUUCGGAGUAUCCGGAAGCCGGAUUGAGCCCAAAUUUCAUAUACGAGCUUCCUGCAGCGAGGUAAUCAAUCCUCUAGUUCUAAUCCCUGAAUUUCGGCUAUUAUUUAUGCCGGGGUCCAAACCGCUGAAUUUAGCUCCGGCCAGGGUUUGAUGUGUUUUUAUCAAGAAUUUGACCCGAAGCCUAGAACUAAUAUUGACGGGGAUACUGCAGGGGAUAUUAGGACGGUCUCGGAUUUUAAUUCGGGGUUCGUUCGUGAAAUUGACGUUUUAGUACGGGAGGCUAGAACCGGUGUUUAAACGACCAGAACUGGUGAGGAAUUAGCACGGCAUACCGGGUUUGUCGUAUCACGAUAAUUAUAUUGAUGCUUAGAAUUGAUCUAGGUGAACUAGAAUGGCAUGAUUAGGGGUGUAUGAGCUUUUGUGCUAUAUGUUGAACCCUGGAUUGCUGUAUGAUAUUAUUGACUUGCCCUAAUCGAUAUGAACCUUGUUUAUGCUGAUGAUUUUGUAUAUGUUGCAAAUUGUGGGCUUGACUGUUAAUAUGCUUUACAAUGGUUCGAGAAGGUGAUUAGGUAUGAUUUUUCAUGAUUGUUGUAUUUGGAUGCACAAGUGGGAAAAUAUAUAUUCCCUGGUGAUAUUAUGAUGUUUAAGGAGGAUGACUUGCACGAGGGUUUAUCCCGAGGAAGUGCAAUUAUAUGACUCCUGAUUUACCUAUGUUGAGCCAAUUGUGGCCAGGUCAAGUACAUGUGCAAGUAACGAAUUAUGAUUAAGCAAGAUGAGAUAUGAAUCAUGUAUAAGGAUACCAAAUAUGAGUGUUGUGGUCUCACGGUCAACUACGUAGUAAUUAGGCUCCCUAUGCUAUAACUCUUUUAUGAUAUGUAUGAUAGUCACACCUCUCAUGUGGUGGUGACUGAAGAAUUCUCACGAGAUAUGACCACACCCAGAGUGGUGUCGGGGUAUGACUACACCCAUAGUAGUGUGGGGUAUGUAUGACCACAUCCGACGGGAUGUUGGGGUAUGUAUGACUUCAUCCGACGGGAUGUUGGGUAUGUUUCCCGGGAGAGUUAUUAGCAUGGGAGUAGCCAGGCGCCUAUAAGUAAAACAUGAUAAGAUGCAUAUGCAUAAGUCAAGGUGGUUGAGUCUUUUGCCUAUUGGGAUGUCGGAGGGCUGAGAUCUGAUCCUAGUGCUUUGGCUUGAUUGUUAGAUGUAUGGUAGGGGUAUGCUGGUUAUGAACUCACUAUGCGAUGAUUAUCUCACUCAGCUAUGAGCUGACCCUCUUUUAUUCUUCUUCUCUGCUUAUGCUAUGUGUAAGCAAAUCAUCAGCAGCAGCAGUAGAUAGGUGUAUAGGUGGGAGCUGAGCAAGAGUUGAAGGCAAGAUGAGGUAUGAUCUUCAACUACUCUGUGCUUGGACUACUACUCGGGAUUUGGGCCAGUGAUCCACACCUUUUUGUAAAAAUGUUUUGAGAACGUUUUUCAUGUGCAUACUAGCUUCUGAUGUAGUGUGAGAUAUCCACAGGUGUGGAAAGUUGAUGAUAUGUGUAUAUUUUUGUAAUUAUAUAAGUUGUGACGAUUAUGGCUUGUAUCAGCAUAGUAUGCAGUCGUGUAGUAUGAAACUGUGACUUUGGCUAUGAAAGCCAAUGCUUAUGGUUCAAUGGUUGUGAGUAUAUAUGUUUGUGAUGAAUUAUUUUGCAGGAUAAGUUGCAAGAACUGUUAGCCCAUUACGCGAGUAAUUCAUGUCGAAAUUUUAUUUAGGUAAAUUUUGAUAAUUAAUGUAACACCCGAGAUUAAUUCCGCUGCAAUUGUAUGAACAAUAUGAUUAGGCAAAACGUAUAGGGUAGGGUGUUACAGUACGUAUAGGAGCAUAUGGCAGAACAACUCUAUUUAAGCGAGACCAGAGAAAAGGGGUGGAAUUUUGGUCAUUGUUGGUGGAUCUUGAAAAGAUGCCAAAAAUUUCAUACCGUGAUAAUAAUGCCAUCUUCAAAUCAAAGCCGCAUGAGUCAAGGUUCUGAUGGUUCUCCCAUGGGUCGUGGUUAUCAAUCAACACCACAGACAGACCUCAAUGACACAGAAGGAGACGAAAAAACUCCACCAUUCGUCGGAGAAACUCCACCGUUCGUCGGAGAAACUCCACCGUUCGUCGAAGAAACUCCACCACUCGUCAUAUCUCGCCCUGCUGGACGCGACAAACAGAAGGCAGCUAAGGAGAAAGGAAAGGGGGUUGCCGAGUCAUGAGAGAGCUACACUGCUCAAUUGCUGGAGUAUGGAAGUGAUUUGAAGGAGAGGCAUGCUUUGAGGACUGAGUAUGAGCGAAGAAUGAUGGAAUUCCAAGAACAAAAAUCAAAGCGUGACCAAGAAAAGUGGGAAGUUGAGAAAAAAGAGAGGGAAGCAGCACUAUUUCGAAACAAUCUUGAUCUUAUUGAAAAGGACUUGUCGAAGUUGACACCAAGAAAGAGGAAGUUUUCCAAAAAUCAUCAAAACAUGCUCCUAGGGUAUGAUCAAGAUGAUCCCAACUCUGUUCCCGACUAUUCAUCCAACGCAAGUCAAACCGGAGGUGGAGAUGGAAAUGGAGCAGGAGAUGAAGGUGGAGGAGGAGAUGAAGGUGGAGGAGAUUACAGGAAUUACUAUUCCCUUCUGGGUGAUUAUUGACAUGUUAUGUGUUUCCUUUUUAUCAUUUCAAGUGUUGUCUGUUAUUUUUAAACUUUAUCAUUUUCAAGUGUUGUGUGUAAUAUUUAAGCUUUAUGAUUAACAAGUGUUGUGUGUAACCUAUGAAUUGUACCAUUUUAAUUAUUAUGUCAACUCGUUAAGCUUUAUCAUUUUCAAGUGUUGUGUGUAAACCCAAAUUAGGUCCAUAAUUUUUCGCCAAAAAAAAUUCGGUCUCAAAAUUUAACAAAAUUCUAUUGGAAAA